AUGGCGACGUCGAGGGCCGCUCUCUGCGCUGUUGCGGUUGUGUGCGUGGUGCUUGCGGCUGCCUGCGCACCCGCGCGCGCGAUACACGUGGGCACGCCGGCUGCUGCGCUGUUCGAGGAGUUCAAGCGGACGUACGGGCGCGCGUACGAGACGCUGGCGGAGGAGCAGCAGCGGCUGGCGAACUUCGAGCGCAACCUGGAGCUGAUGCGCGAGCACCAGGCGCGGAACCCCCACGCGCAGUUCGGGAUCACGAAGUUCUUCGACCUG